AUGGCUGCACCCUCCCCCUGGCUUUUGGGAGUUACCAUUGCCAUUGAGAGACUUGGGGGCAGCACCGCCCUGGGCAUGCUGGACUUCAGCCUGCUGUAUGACCAGGAGAACAACGCCCUCCACUGCACCAUCACCAAGGCCAAGGGCCUGAAGCCAAUGGACCACAAUGGGCUGGCAGACCCCUACGUCAAGCUGCACCUGCUGCCAGGAGCCAGUAAGGCAAAUAAGCUCAGAACAAAAACUCUCCGUAACACUCUGAACCCCACAUGGAACGAGACCCUCACUUACUACGGGAUCACAGAUGAAGACAUGAUCCGCAAGACCCUGCGGAUCUCUGUGUGUGACGAGGACAAAUUCCGGCACAAUGAGUUCAUCGGGGAGACACGUGUGCCCCUGAAGAAGCUGAAACCCAACCACACCAAGACCUUCAGCAUCUGCCUGGAGAAGCCGCUGCCGGUGGACAAGACCGAAGACAAGUCCCUGGAGGAGCGGGGCCGCAUCCUCAUCUCCCUCAAGUACAGCUCGCAGAAGCAGGGCCUGCUGGUAGGCAUCGUGCAGUGCGCCCACCUGGCCGCCAUGGACGCCAAUGGCUACUCGGACCCCUACGUGAAAACAUACCUGAGGCCAGAUGUGGACAAGAAAUCCAAACAUAAGACAGCGGUGAAGAAAAAAACCCUGAACCCGGAGUUUAAUGAGGAGUUCUGUUACGAGAUCAAGCAUGGGGACCUGGCCAAGAAGUCCCUGGAGGUCACCGUUUGGGAUUACGACAUUGGAAAAUCCAAUGAUUUCAUUGGUGGUGUGGUUCUGGGCAUCCACACCAAGGGGGAGCGCCUGAAGCACUGGUUUGACUGCCUGAAGAACAAGGACAAGCGCAUCGAGCCCUGGCACACGCUCACCAGCGAGCUCCCAGGGGCCGUGCUCAGCGACUGAUGCCCACCCGCCACUGCUACCCCUGCCGCCACCUGCGCCUAGCACUUCCGGCCCCGGGCUUCCCCAGCAGCCACCAAGGCCUGUGGCCCCCACACUGGGGGAGAUCCAGAACCCCUGCUUGGACACAGAGCCACUGCAGUCCCCGCUCGGAGGAUGUGGAGGGCUCAGCCACUCUGGGACGGGGAGGGCAAGGAGCUGGGGUGGGGGGCUCUCAGCCCCCUGGCGCCCAAGAGGCCGGUGGUGGAAAGAGACCUCAGCACCUGCCCAGGGGAAGGGGACACGCCCAUCUGGGAGCAAAGACCCUUCUAGAGGCCAGCCCUGGUUGAGAGGACAGGAGUGUGGGGGUGCCUUGGCAGACAGUGGGAACAGAGGAGGGAGGUGGUGAGCAGACAGACAGGUGGAGGAUGGGACCUUGAAGACUGGCUGCUCCAGCCCAAGAAAGCCUGACUGCAUCCCUCAUCUCCUUCGCUGCUGGACAGAUGGAAGAAGUGGGCCUGCCGG